AUGUUCUGCUUUCCUUUGUCGAAUCUGUGCUAUAUUAUGGUCUUUUCCUUCCUCCAUGAAUUCUAUAUCGGAUUUUCUCUAUGUUUCUGCGAUAGUAGAAUGUUUUUUUUAUCUUUUGCCUUCAAUAUGGAUUGGGUACCAAGGAAGACAAUGUAUCGGCUCAUUCAGGAUACCUUUUUUUCUUGUUUGAGUAUUGUACUUGCUCAGACUCGUGCUCUGUAGAGUAG